GUUAAAAGUAUUUAAAUUAGUUUUGAAGGGUUUGUGUGUUUAGGAAGAGGGAGACACUAACAAACACAAAUGAAGUCAGUUUCUGGGGUCAAAUCCUGAUUACUCUGCAGCACUAAACUUUACUAAAAGCCGUCCACGUCAGGUUAAAGAUGAUUUUGUUGGAAUGUAAACUCAAUAGGCUCAAACAGUCAGGUUUAUUUAAGGGUGUAGCAGGUAACCGAACAUGUUUUUUCUCAUGAAGUGAGAAGAGCUUCCCCUGCUGAGCUCGUGUUGUGGUUUGUGGUGUUGCAGUAGUUAGUACCUCAUUCUGCCCCAGAAACACCCAGGACUAAUACGUACAGACUAAACUCCUUCAUCUUUCUGUAGUCUAGAUGAAGCUACAAACUCUGGCUACAGUGGCUGUCUUGAAGCGCCCGUGUACUGGUCAUGUCUUUUGUUUGAGGAACUCUCCGAACACUAGAAGCGAUGAGGAUGAGAGUAGCUGUGCUGGUGCUGGUUGUUUAUGUCAGUCUGACUGAAGGAGCAGGAUGUGUAUCUACAAGUCGUCCACACUGUUACAAAAAUUCAACUAGGCCAGAAGAGGACUUCACUUGUGAAUGGGAUAAGAGAAACCCUGAGAAGAGUCAAACACACACUCUUCAUAUAUGGGACAGUGAAAAUAAAAAAAUUCUUACACAUAAGAACUGUGGCAAGCAAGCACAGACAAACAUUCUCUUGGAGGAACUAGGAAUCACCAAAAGAAAGACAGACAUAUGGAUACAGACACAAGUCGGCAACCUCACCUGUAAUUCUAGCAAAAUCUCAGUCAUCCUGGAAUGCAAGGUCAAAUACAGUAAACCUCAGAUUCUCAGAAUGGAAAGGUUAGCUGGGAUCCUGAAUAUCACACUGGACAAACCAAAGGAUAACAAAGGUGCUAAAUAUGAGAUCAGAUGGAGGGAGAGAGGCUCUGAAUGGCAGAAUGCAACAUUUGAAACUAAGGACAGAACCAAAGAUUUAUACACGCUACAUCUACAGUACACGGAAAUCUACCAGAUCCAAAUGAGACGGCAGGCCAAACCGCAUUUACAUCUAUGUAAGGACUCACUACAUGCUCUCUGGAGUGACUGGAGCCCAGUGGUGGAUGUUCCCUUAGAAAUCAGUCGCACACCUGUAAUACGCUGGGUAGAAAACAACAAGGCAAAUGGUAACAGAGAUAUUACUCUCUCCUGGGAUGCCCCACCUUAUAAUGAGUCUGUAGGGGGUGUGAAGUACAAUCUGACCAUCUCAGUUUGGCCUUGUAAAAUAAACCAAAAGAAAAUGGACCAUUUUACUGUGAAUCAAACAUAUAAUACAUCAAUAACUUAUUCAGAAGCCAGGAUUUCCAUUUUUGCAACUAACACUGUUGGAAGUUCACCACGAAAGCAUAUCACCAUUCCUGCUGUCAAACAUCUGAGCUACUGUGACUCUCACAUGUCCUCAAAUGUGAACACCAAGGCUAUGAAAACCUGCUUAGAAUGGUACAAGCUGGAAGACGGUGAGACCCGACCAGAGAAAGUAAAUAAAUCAUACAAUACAGCACUCAAGGACAUUAAAGUGGAGAAUUUUGUACGUCAUUAUUACUUUCUUCACACCGUGAAAAAGAAACAUUAUCAAACUGCUGUUAUGUGUCCUUUUUACUCAGAACAGAGAGCACCUAUUAAUGGUCCGGCGAAUGUGAAUAUUUCUGAUUUGACACAUGAAUCAGCUGUGGUAAGUUGGAUUGCCAUUCCUGUGGUGGAGCAGCGAGGAUUUCUACAGCAUUAUGUCAUUUGGAUAUCUGGACAUGGAAACACGAAGGUCCACAAAGUCCCAGCACAUAACACCAGCUUCCUGAUUAAGGAUCUCCACCCAGCCACCUCUUACACUGUAUCUAUAGCCGGAAGGACAGAAGCUGGUGAUGGGCCGAACUCAACGGUGAACUUCGAAACACACUCCAAAGAAAUGGGCUUAUCAUGGCAGGACUGCACCAUCCUGAUCAUCUGUGUUGUUGCCCUCUUGUGUACUAUAAUCUGCUCCGUAGCUGUCAGGAGACUGAAGCUGUUACCUGAAGUUCCCAGUCCUGUGUUAGAUACAAUAGAGUUCAGAUGUCCGGAAGAGCAGGACCUGAGCCCGAUGAUGGAGGAGGUGCAUGAAUUCAUUCUCUUGCUACGUCAAGAUCUCAGCAAACCCAGGGAGGACGUGACCCCUGAACAGGGCACUUUACUGCAAGACUUCGGGCUUGUCGUCUUUGAAGAGGAAGGCGAGGAGGACGAAGAGGGUGGAGUUACUGACUUGAGCUCUAUGAAAUCCUGUUGCUAUCCGAAUCCUAGUUACAGAGGACAGACGCUACAGCUGCCAGAGCCUUUCCACACGACAGACAGCACUUCAAAAGACAAUGACACAGAGUCCACAUACAAAAAUGGCCUGUUCUUUGAAACAAAAGUCCUGGAGUUUGACAAAACGUCACUAUAGAUAACAAGAACCUAAACAAACCUCCUCUAUCUGCUACAUGUGUCUUCUGUACAUCCAGGUGCAGUCCGUUAUGCAUCUCUAGCGUUUUUAGCUUUUCUUUAAAGUGCACCUGAGACAUAAUACUGGAAAUAACCCAGUUCUGAGAACAGUGUGUGAUUCUCAGCAGUUACUAAGGUUGCAAACGCAUCCUCACUUUCAAGCUUUGUUGUGGUCACUGACGUCACCUUCGGGAUUCUCAUUAUGUCUAUGUUUGAAGCCUACUGUGUUUUUAAUAAUAAAGUUACGGUUAGUGUGCCCAUCACAGAUA